CAGGAUUAGUCGGGAGCGGCAGAGACAGCGCUCCGGUAAUCUCCCGGUAAUAAAUGGGGGGAGUCGGGCACGUUUGAAACUGCCGGUACCGAGUGACACCCCGAGGCCCCCUGAGACUCCGGAGAAAGUCCCCACAGUUGCAGCACGAUGGGUCGCUAUGUGGCUCCGCAGCAAACCAACGCGCCCCGGCCAGGUAAACGCAGCAGCAGCAGCUUCACCUGCGAAGCCACAGCGGAGGACAGCGGAGCUUCUCAGCGGACACUUUGCUGACUGGGAGACGGACGCACAGAAACCUCAGCGUACUUUAACCAUGGAGGAGAGUCAGUCGGAGUAGGGUAACUUACUACAACCUACACCAUCCACAAGCAGACUGUCACAAAGGACGCCAAUCUUCAAGAUGGCCCGAUAAAUUCUUGACGCCGUGCUUCGGAGAUUGGAUUGUCCAUCUCUCAGUAGCGAAGGAGACGAGCAGAGAGGCCGUUAUUUGGUUAUUUCAGUCUUCAGAUGGACCGUGUGCCAUCCGCACUUGCUGGUAAGAUGCGCUGGAUCACACUGGUGCUUGCCGGCUUGACUUUCUGGGGCAAAGUUACUAUUUGUAACUGUUUCGACUACGAGGAGCCAGACUAUGAAUAUUAUGAGGAAGAGAGAGCGGAGACCAUUGACUACAAGGACCCCUGCAAAGCUGCUGUAUUUUGGGGCGACAUCGCAUUAGAUGAGGAAGACCUGCGCAUGUUCCAGAUUGACAGGACGAUAGACCUGACACAACACACACACAUGCACACACACUCUCGACAGGGGCACACAUCUGGUGGAAUCGAGGAACAUGAAACUCUGAAGAAGAGAGGGUCUUUAUACCUUCUGCUAGAAAGAAUACGUAGGUUUGGUUUUGACUAUCUCCCCAAAAAUGACAGCAAGGGAGCUGCCAGUCCAAAGAGCCAAAGUGGGAAAGCUGGGAAGAAUGGAAAGUUUGUGAAAACUCGUAUUCCUCGAGCAGCCACUUCCCGAGCUGAGAGGAUAUGGCCUGGAGGAGUCAUUCCCUACGUCAUAGGAGGAAACUUCACUGGCAGUCAGAGGGCCAUGUUCAAGCAGGCCAUGCGCCACUGGGAGAAACAGACAUGUGUGACUUUCAUUGAGAAGACAGAUGAAGAAAGCUACAUAGUCUUCACCUACAGACCCUGCGGGUGUUGUUCCUAUGUGGGUCGUCGUGGAAACGGGCCCCAGGCCAUCUCCAUAGGAAAGAACUGUGACAAGUUUGGCAUUGUGGUGCAUGAACUGGGCCACGUCAUUGGCUUCUGGCACGAACACACGCGGCCCGACCGUGACGAUCACGUGACCAUCAUCCGGGAUAACAUCCAACCAGGCCAGGAAUAUAACUUCCUCAAGAUGGAGCCAGGGGAGGUGAACUCUCUUGGGGAGCCAUAUGAUUUUGAUAGCAUCAUGCACUACGCCAGGAACACCUUCUCACGCGGGAUGUUCCUCGACACCAUCCUUCCAUCCAGAGAUGAAAAUGGGGUCCGGCCUGCAAUUGGUCAGCGGACCAGGCUCAGUAAAGGAGACAUUGCACAGGCAAGAAAGCUGUAUAGAUGUCCAGCAUGCGGGGAGACGCUCCAAGAGUCAACAGGCAACUUCUCAUCUCCUGGUUACCCCAAUGGAUACCCUUCAUACACACACUGUGUCUGGAGAAUAUCUGUCACACCCGGAGAAAAGAUUGUUCUGAACUUCACCACCAUGGAUCUGUACAAAAGCAGUCUGUGCUGGUAUGACUACAUCGAAGUUCGAGAUGGAUACUGGAGGAAAGCUCCGCUGCUUGGCAGGUUUUGCGGAGAUAAAGUUCCCGACGUCUUGAUUUCAACUGAUAGCAGGAUGUGGAUUGAGUUCCGCAGCAGCAGCAACUGGGUAGGAAAAGGCUUCGCUGCCAUUUACGAAGCGAUCUGUGGAGGGGAAAUCACCAAGGACUCAGGGCAGAUUCAGUCUCCCAAUUAUCCUGAUGACUACAGACCCUCCAAAGAGUGUGUGUGGAGGAUCGCUGUAUCUGAGGGAUACAACGUUGGGCUCAGCUUCCAGGCCUUCGAGAUCGAGAGGCACGACAGCUGCGCUUACGAUUACCUGGAAGUUCGGGACGGCCCGCUCGAAACGAGCCCUCUGAUUGGGCGAUUCUGUGGCUACGACAAACCCGAGGACGUGCGCUCUACCUCACACACGCUGUGGAUGAAGUUUGUCUCAGAUGGGACUGUAAACAAGGCCGGCUUUGCUGCUAACUUUUUCAAAGAGGAUGAUGAGUGUGCCAAGCCAGACAAUGGUGGAUGUGAACAGAGGUGUGUAAACACUCUCGGCAGCUUCAAGUGUGCCUGUGACCCAGGUUAUGAACUAGCCCCUGACAAGAAGAGCUGUGAAGCGGCAUGUGGUGGUCUUCUAUCAAAGUUAAAUGGGACCAUUAGCACACCUGGCUGGCCUAAAGAGUACCCACCCAACAAAAACUGCGUGUGGCAGGUGGUGGCGCCCACUCAGUAUCGCAUCUCCAUGCAGUUUGAAGCUUUCGAGCUUGAAGGCAACGAGGUGUGUAAAUACGACUACGUAGAAGUGCGGAGCGGCCUUUCAUCCGACUCUAAGCUGCAUGGUAAAUACUGUGGUACCGAGGUCCCGGAGGUCAUCACCUCUCAGUACAACAACAUGAGGAUUGAGUUCAAGUCGGACAACACCGUUUCUAAGAAAGGCUUUAAAGCUCACUUCUUCUCAGACAAAGACGAGUGCAGCAAGGACAACGGCGGCUGCCAACACGAGUGCAUCAACACGGUGGGCUCCUACGUGUGUCAUUGUCGCCAUGGCUUCGUGUUGCAUGAGAACAAACAUGACUGUAAGGAAGCCGAGUGUGAGCAUAAGAUCCACAGUCCCAGUGGGACCCUGAGCAGCCCAAACUGGCCAGACAAAUACCCCAGCCGGAAAGAGUGCACCUGGGACAUAACAGCCACACCGGGACACAGAGUCAAAAUUACCUUUAAUGAGUUUGAGAUCGAGCAGCAUCAGGAAUGUGCCUAUGACCAUCUGGAGGCGUUUGACGGGGACAGUGACACAGCCGCCAUCUUGGGUCGUCUGUGUGGCAGUAAGAUCCCGGAGUCGCUGGUGUCCACUGGCAACAAGAUGUACCUUCGCUUCAUUUCUGACGCCUCAGUGCAAAGGAAGGGUUUCCAAGCUUCACACUCAACAGAGUGUGGAGGUCGGCUGAAAGCAGAAGCUCAUCAGAAGAACCUUUACUCCCACUCCCAGUUCGGAGACAACAAUUAUCCGGGUCACACUGACUGUGAGUGGCUGCUGACGGCAGAACAGGGCUACGGCAUUGAGCUCAGCUUCAUUACAUUUGAGGUGGAGGAGGAGGCCGACUGUGGUUAUGAUUACAUCGAGCUCUAUAAUGGAUAUGAUGCCAACUCACACCGACUGGGACGCUUCUGCGGUUCAGGGCCUAGAGAGGGGAUUUACUCACCUGGAGAUGCUAUGCUGAUCCGUUUCCAUAGCGACGACACAAUAAGCAAGAAGGGCUUCCACAUCCUCUACACGAGCACCAAGUUCCAGGAGAACCUUCACACCAGGAAAUGACUACAGUCGUAGCCCGUAACCUCUGACCUCUGUGCAGCCCCAGCCACUGUUACCCUGACCUUCACCACGGCAAUGAGAAAAGUACAGCUCGUCCCCUCUUGGCCAGCUAUGAGAAGAAGAUAAUUCUUCUGUGGAUAUCUGUCUCCCUCUGUGGCUCCACACAGGUCACUGCACUCCGAGAUGAGACGAGGAAAAACAUCGAGACUUAUCAGCAAACACUUGGGGGAUUGCGCUGAUGACCGCGCGAGCCGUUUUCACAGAGGAGAUGGUUUUGUUACCGCACAUCAAAGCUAUGUGAUCAGUACAGGACGACAGGGUUGCAGGAGAUCCAUAUAGAUUCACUGAGAUACCCGGAGCUGAACAAAUGCAAAUAAAAAGCACAAACACUAGUUUCAUAUUCGGAGAUAUAAACCGCGGAUGCCAAAGAAACUAAAGACCUUAAAAAUGCAUCCGAGGAGGGAGUCCAGAGUCUGAAACCGUGCGACGUACUGUGAUCAGACGGCUGCUUACCACCCACAGUAACCCACGACAAACUGCUGACAAACAUUUUUAUUGCCUUUGAGGCCUGGGAACUGGUCUCUUCAGCCCAGCUCAGAACGGCUGCAGAUUAUUUUAUUCCAUGUCUUUGUAUUGUAAAACUCAUUGUGUUUACUGUGUGUGUGCGCGUGCGUGCGUGUGUGUGUGGGGGGGGGGGGAGAACAAAGAGGCUCGAGUCUGCCCUUUGCCCUUUUUGUUGUUUUUCUUGCUUACAGCUUAUGCAGAUUGUGGAAUAAAAAGAAAAUAAAGAAUAUUAAAUGCAAAUAAAGACUUCCAAAAUGAUGUGUGAUGUUAAUGUUAAGCCUCACUGUAAGUUGUGGGUGUGUCCAGUUGCCCUUCCUCCACAGUGAACAUGUGAUUUUCUUUUUUUCUUCUUCUUCCCCAGUGGAUAGCAGAAGGGAAUAUUUUACACAGCUGUCUCUUGAAAGUCAGUGACUGAAGGAGAGAUUCCCAUGGUGCUAAAAAUAAAGAAUACACUGAAAGACUGAAUGAAGGCUUUCAAAUGGAGACAGCGUGCAAACAGCACUCUGCAAUCAACAGCACUAGUCCUAUGGAACUACAAUAUUGCCUUAGAACCAAAUGUAUGCUAUCGGACGUCGCUCUUACGCUCUUGCACAGGCGUCUCGUGUCGGCGCCAUGUUUUGAUUUGUUUGGUGAGAUUGGUUUAAUUGUAAAAAAAAAUAGCAACAACAAAAAAAACAUGAAACGUGAAGUCUGGGUGUAAGACGAUAUCUGCAGUGCAUGUGUGUUUGUGUCACUUUUGUGGUUACAUGCACACAUACGCGUGUUUUUUGUGCAUUUAGGGGAAAAAAAGGACAAUUCGAAGGAUAUGUGCUGCAAAUGGGCUGCGUUGUUUCUCUUAGUGUGUUGUAGGUGAUUCUAGAGCAACUGUGCGUGUGUGUCUUUUAAGUUGUGUGUUUUUAAGUUGAAUCUCUCAUUGCUGUAUGUGCCAAGCUCCAGGUGACCCUGAUCCCACUGUUAACUGUAGUUUUUGCUUUAUCGUUCCACCUCUGGGUCUGACAUGACGUCCUCUGCAUCGGUCAUUAAAAUACACACAGGCUAAA